AUGCACCAUCCGUGCUUCAUUUACACAAUACAAAAGCUGGACGAUGACAGCGUACGGAUACGUCUCCUUCGCGUCAUUGCACGUCUUAUUGAUAUUACAAGCAACUACCCGCGCUCGCUUUUGCAAACGCUUCUUGGUGCGUAUUCCAUGUCACUGUCUCCAUUUGAUCGCAGCUUGCAGGUCCUGUUUGAAGCGUUUGAAGCGCAACAAGUGAAUGAACUGACACUAUCCAGCUUUGGCUUUCGUUUCAGUGCGUCGUCUACAAUCUCGUUAUCGACUAAGGAUUCUCACAACGAUCUAGUCGACGACUCUGCUUGGCUUCUGAAUGGCGGACUCGAACUGAAUCGCAUCCGUGCUACAAUUGAUGACUUUCCCUUAGACCGCAAGAUCUCGACGGUUGAUGAUGUUUCGCUUUUACAACUUGAUGUCAAACAACCAGAGGGUGAGGUCGAGGCGAUGGUGGAAACGAAUUCGCAAGUGUAUGAUCCAGCGUUCCUCUUACCCAUGCUCUCUCACUUUAUCUCGUCUUCUAAUCUGUCAGAACGUGACAUUGUGCAACAGGGUCUCUUGGGUAUUGCUAUUCGCGCCACGUCGUCAUCUGUUGCAGCAGUUCGAGAGUACGCCUUUGGAAUUCUUGCUCAUCUACACGAAAGUCUUCAAGCGACGACGGAAGCUUCAAGUGACUUCAAAGCGGGACGACAAGUCCAUUUACUACUUGAUGUUUUCCGUCGUAAAAUUCAAAAACCGCUUGAACAAGUGCCGUCGCUAAUAACUGUCUUUCUGAAUGAUGCGCUAGCCGUGUUGGUGCGACCCAUGCACGUGCUGUAUCCUCACGUGAAUCAUUUUCUUUUGGCGCGCCCAGCAAUGGAUCUUUUGGACGUACCGAUGUUUUACUCGCUCUUUAACAGUCGAUCACCGCUAACAUUCCGGCAAGAGCGUUCGUGGCUUCUUCAUACACUUCGUCGUGGUAUACGCAACGAUUCGGACGUGAUGCUGCUCAAACGCCGUCACGUACUUCCGAUGCUCUUAAGUUUUUACAGCUCGGAAAUGGCUGACACUCACACUCAACCACUGAUCACGAGCAUCUUGUUGACGGCACUGCGUGCACCAUCAGGAUAUGUUUAUUUAGUGCUCAAAGCCGGUUUACUACCGUGGAUAGCGGAGCGAUGUAUCGAACUUGGAGCUGUGAUUGCUAAGUCGGACUCAAAGAAAGACGCUGCUCAAUUGUUUUCCUUAGUGACGUUAUUGGAACAAGCCCUACAGAACAGCGUUUGGAACGCGCUUGAAGCAAUCAAUCAGCACACGACGGCUCUACAGACAAUAAGCGCUUUUUCUGCGAUGCACGCUGCAUUUACGAUGCGUCGCACUGAAUUUACGACCGAAUACUUAGCCAAAGCUUCUGCUGUUGCAGUACUCGUUGUUCGACGCGCUGGAAUCAUCUCUCCACUCGAGCUUUUGUUGCAGGCUUUUAAGAUGGUUCAGGACAGCAAAGCACUUGAGUGUGCUGAUAUAGUAUGUAGCAAUCUUAUUCAGUGGAUCCUACAGCAGCGUCAUCGUGAUGCCCAGAAAACACGUUUUAGAGACUGGGCCAUCUUGCUUCAGCAGGUGGCUUCUAUUUUAGUCAUGUGGCACUCAAAAGGUACUGUGACACAACAGCAGCAAGCAAGGCGGAGUUUGAAUCAACUUAAAGCUGUUUUGGACCAAGUGCCGACUUUGAAGCAGCAUGUUUUAAGUGCUGACUUAAAAGCAAAUUAUGCUUUAGCAUUAUUAUGA